UGGUACGUUCAUAGCGGCUGCGCGGUGUGGGGUAGCUACGGGACCAAGGGCGAAACCAUAUAAGUGUGAGGGCUAAUUGCGAGGUUUCUGAAGCCUCCUGAAGAUUGUGGUCGAUUCCGUGUAAGAGGCAGCUGCACUGUUACACCUUUGUCACAUAUGGCAACAUUGCUACCUGGCCUGCCAGCAUCUUCCUGCGCUGCCUUAGGUGUACUCGGAGGCGCCACCUACUGCUGGAGCCGUCAGUCACGUGAUAGGAGCAGUAAUUUGAUCCUUUAAGCAUGGACUAUGAGUUCAAGCAAAAAACCCAGGUGGAGCGAGCUAAAGUCGAAGAAUAUUUUGAGUUUGAAGGCUGCAAGGUUGGUCGUGGAACAUAUGGCCAUGUCUACAAGGCCAAGCGAAAAGAUGGGAAGGACGUGCGCGAGUACGCGCUGAAGCAGAUCGAGGGCACUGGCCUCUCGAUGUCGGCCUGCCGCGAGAUCGCGCUGCUGCGCGAACUUAAGCACCCCAACGUCAUCAACCUGCAGCGUGUGUUCCUGUCGCAGCCGGACAGGAAGGUGUGGCUGCUGUUCGACUACGCCGAACACGACCUCUGGCAUAUCAUCAAGUACCAUCGUGCUGCCAAGGCCAACAAGAAAUCAGUAAUGGUUUCGCGAGGCAUGGUGAAGUCGCUGCUGUACCAGAUAUUGGAUGGUAUUCACUACCUCCAUGCAAACUGGGUGCUCCACAGGGAUUUGAAGCCAGCCAAUAUCCUAGUCAUGGGAGAGGGGCCCGAGCGGGGUAGGGUGAAGAUCGCCGACAUGGGUUUCGCGCGCCUCUUCAAUUCACCACUGAAGCCGCUGGCCGAUCUGGACCCGGUGGUGGUGACCUUCUGGUACCGGGCCCCGGAGCUGCUGCUGGGCGCGCGGCACUACACUAAGGCCAUUGAUAUAUGGGCGAUAGGCUGUAUUUUUGCUGAGCUGCUCACCUCCGAGCCGAUCUUCCACUGCCGGCAAGAAGAUAUCAAAACAUCCAACCCCUACCACCACGACCAGUUAGACCGCAUCUUCAACGUGAUGGGAUUUCCGCAAGAGAAGGACUGGGAGGACAUUCGGAAGAUGCCGGAACACAGCACCUUACUCAAGGACUUUAAGCGGUCCAGUUACGCUAACUACUCACUGGUCAAGUACAUGGAGCGGCACAAGGUGAAGCCCGACAGCAAAUCGUUUCAUCUGCUGCAGAAGCUGCUGAUCAUGGACCCGACCAAGCGUAUCACCUCUGAGCAGGCCAUGCUGGACGAUUACUUCAAGGAGGACCCUCUGCCGACGUCCGACGUUUUCGAGGGGCACAGCAUUCCAUACCCGAAGCGCGAGUUCCUCACGGAGGAAGACCAGGAGGACAAGUCCUCCGCCAACAAGGUGAGAAAGGGCGCCGAGUCGCACGGUCAGGCGGCCAAGCGGGUGCGGCUGGGUCACGGCGGACCGCACCAGGUGACCUCGCAGGCCAGCGACAACCACAGCCACCAGAUGGCGCGCCAGCAACACUCCAGCCACAUGGGCCAGCAGCAGCAGCAGCAACAACAACAGCAACAGCAGCAGCAACAGCAGCAGCAGCCGGGCAGCAUGAGCUUCGGCCAGUCGAGCGGCGGGCCCAAUCCAAGCCAGUACAGUCAGCGCUACUGAGGCGCGCUGCUGACGCGUACUGCCGCGCGCGCCGCCGACCGAGCCCGGCGGGGCGGACGGCCGCCGGCCGAGACCACCGCCGCUGCCGCCGUCGGCCCUUCAGGUCCGCCUGCGCAGCUGACGCUGUCGCCGGCUGGUCGCUCUGGGGCGACGCGCACCCGAGUGUGCGCUGUCUGGGUGUCCGCUGACCUGUGGCUCCCGUCCCGAAGGGUGGCGUCGAUGUAGUGGCUCACGACGGCCGCUCGCGAGCCUGCAGUUAGGCGUCCGUUGUGCUCUGCGGACACUUGAGGCUUCGGUCAAGCGAAGGCACCAUCGACAAUAUGUCACGCGACGAGAAUGGAACGUAGCGGUCGCGCUCAGGACGUGCGGGACUCCGUCUGAUCAGUUUUGAUCCACGCUUUACAUUAGCCCACCUUGUUUUGUACUCGUGUUCUGCGAACAUCAAGGCUGAUGGUGCCCUUUGUAUUGGCUGCGUUCGUCGCGUAAGCCGCUCGGCGACCCGACGGCAUCGGCGACCGGCUGCGUGACGGUGGACCUUGUUGCGCCCCGGCUCCGUGUUUGAUAUCGGGUCACUCGAGCCUCACGGGCAGCGUGUGUUAUGGUGCGGGUCAGGUGACCCUCUCCCCCCGCUUUCCCCGUGAGCGGGGCUCGUUAUUGGUUCUGUCCCUUCUAGCGGGAGGUGGAGCGCCGUUAGGACCUGACCCCCCCCCCCUACCAGCCCCCGCCCGCACCCGAGGGGGAUGGGCACGAAGCGCGGCUGCCACUUGUGGAAUGCUGCUCAGGACUUGGGCUUUGUACUGCAGUAUCGGCUCAAUUGAUCUUCCUCAUGAGUUAGGUCGUCAACCCCGCGGCUCUGUCCCGAGAUGGAUUUUUCUAUAAAAUACAUGUUCAUUCACAGUC